AUGAGCGAUGACUUGUUUUCUAAGGCUUUGGAGAAUCCCGACCAGGACUUGAACGUGGAAUUGCCCAAGGAUGAUGUUGAUUUAGGUCUUUUAGGUGAUGGUGGGAACGAGAGGAAGACCGAUGAACCGGUAGCAGACGCAGAAAGAUCAACAGGCCUAGGAUCCGGCUCUUCUGAAUCCGAAUCAGAUUCCGGUUCUGAUUCUGAUUCUGAUUCUGGCUCUUCAGGUAGUGAGGAUGAUUCUGCAGAUCAGGACGUUGAAGGAGAGGACGAAGGUGGUGACGCGAUUGAAAAUGAAGACGAAGACGAAGACCCUUCACCUUCCGGUCCUAUACUAUCGAAGAACGAAAUACUAGAGGAAACUGUUCCUGAACUACCGGAAGAUUAUGAAAUUUCAGAAAAAACGAUCAUCACUCCUAUUGGUGUUUUGAAGUCUGCAUUUGAAAAUAAUAUAAUCAUUCACGCCACGAUGUCGGGCGAAAAGCGUGUUUUAAAAGAGGGUUCCAUUUUCUGUCUCGAGGAUAGAACUUUGAUCGGGAUGUUGACGGAGGUGUUUGGACCCUUGCAAAACCCAUUUUAUAGAAUUAAGUUGCCCGAUUCAAAAAAAAACUUAUUCGAUGAAUUAAAAGUGCGUUUGGGUGAGAAAGCCUUUAUAGUCACCCCUGAUGCCCACUGGAUAGAUACUUUCGAGUUAAAGCGCAACAAAGGUACUGAUGCGUCUAAUGGGUACGAUGAAGAAUUACCUGAAGAGGAACAAGAAUUUUCCGACGACGAAAAAGAGGCCCUUUUCAAGAAAAUGAAGAAACAGCAACGGCAACGAAAGAAAAGGGACAACCGCAAACUAGCCAACGAUAGUGACAAUGUCAAGGUAAAGAGAGCUCGGCAGCCCAAGGCCAACAGUUUACCUAAACUGGUACCGCCGUUGGGCAUGAGCAGUAAUGCUCCGAUGCAACAUGGGUACAAAUCAAGAAACGCACGUGAAAAUAUCAAGCGUGAAUCCAGUGCUACCUCUAAUCGGAAUGGCUCCUCCCCAGUGCCAAUCACACAGCACCACCAACAACAGUUUUCUGCAAAUAAUUAUCCCUUCCCUCAACAACCAAACGGUAUGCCUUAUCCACCAUACUCACCUUUCCCUCAGCCGACUAACUUCCAGUAUCCACCUCCACCAUUUGGGCAGGCGACACCGGCCCAAUUCUCCAACACUGUUCCAUAUGGUAGCUUACCUCCCGCAUACAACAAUAUGUCGCCGCCAACACAGCAGUCGUUCAUGCCAAUGACCCAAAGUCAACCGCCACUUCCAUAUGGCGUACCUCCCAUGAAUCAAAUGCAAAACCCAAUGUACAUCCAACCGCCACCUCAAGCACCUCCUCAGGGAAAUGGUAAUUUCCAACAAGUAAUGGAAUUACAUCAAAUACUUUUGCAGCAACAGCAACAGCAACACCAGUAUCAGCAUCAGCAUCAGCAAGAUCCAAGAACCUAG